UACAGAGAGGUAUAUCUCUUUCCUCACCCACAUAUUUCUCUCUCUCUCUCUCUCUCUCUCUCUCUCUCUCUCACACAAAAUUGUAAGAGCUAAAGCCUUUAUUUUUAUUUUCUUUGGUCAUAUUUUGAGCUUUAUUAGAUUUUCUUGGUCUUAUCAAGCAUGGUUUUUGAACCAUGAGCGAUAAAAUAAAUCACUAGAGGGUCUGGUUCUGCUCCCAACUGCUUGCUAUAUACCUCUCUCUCUCUCUCUAUUUCUCUCUCUCUCCUUCUCUUUGUUUCUUUUGAGCUUUGAAAAAUCAAAACUUGUCUCUUGGGCUGCAGCCAAACAAAGAAGAAACUAUCAAGGUGUGAUUGUAGUGAGAUAUAUAUUUAUAUAUAUAAGCCAGUUUAACUUCUUUAGCUUGAGACUACUACUACUACAACUACUACUCUUUUCAGACAACUAAAAAAAAAUUGUUGCCUUCUUUUGGGUUUUCAUUUGUUUUCUCUCUCCGGUUAUACCUUUGUUUUUUAGCUUUUAAUUUAUCUUUUUUGUUUGGUUUUUGUCUUUAACAAUUAGAUCCUAACAGUACUAACCUUUAAAUUUUCAUUCUCAUCAGGGAAAACCAAAAAACCAAGAUCUAGCUAUGUGUAUGUAUAUGCUCCUCCUUUCCAUGUAAUAUAAUAUAAGUUCAAAAUUAAUUUAUUGCAUGUGUCAAAAACAAAAACAAAGAAUAUAGAUCAUAUAAGAUGAUGCUAUUCCAACAACAAGAAGAAAGAGUAGUAGCAGUAAUGGAUGAGAACAAUAUGUCUAAUUUGACCUCAGCAGCAUCUGGUGAUCAAACAAGUGUUAGUUCUUCAGGUAACAGAGCUGAAAUUGGUACCAAUAAUGGCUUUUCACACCAAUAUUUUGCCUCACCACCACCUCAUCAAUCUCAACCACCGCCCAAAAAGAAGAGAAACCUUCCAGGAAACCCAGACCCUGAUGCAGAAGUGAUUGCCUUGUCUCCCAAGACUCUUAUGGCAACAAAUAGAUUCAUAUGUGAGAUCUGCAACAAAGGGUUUCAAAGAGACCAAAAUCUUCAACUUCACAGAAGAGGACACAAUUUGCCAUGGAAGCUUAAGCAAAGGACAAGCAAAGAGGUGAAGAAGAAGGUUUAUGUGUGCCCAGAAGCGAGUUGUGUCCACCAUGAGCCGUCGAGGGCUCUUGGCGACUUGACUGGUAUUAAGAAGCAUUUUUGUAGAAAACAUGGUGAGAAGAAGUGGAAAUGUGACAAGUGCUCAAAGCGUUAUGCUGUUCAAUCCGAUUGGAAAGCUCAUUCAAAGACCUGUGGCACCAGGGAGUACAGAUGUGACUGUGGAACCCUUUUCUCAAGGAGAGACAGUUUCAUCACCCAUAGAGCCUUUUGUGACGCUUUAGCAGAGGAGAGUGCAAGAGCUAUAAAUGGAGGACCAGUACUACCAGGAUCAGUCGGAACAAACCCACUUGGCUCUUCUUCUUCAGCAAUCUUAUCUCAUCUAAAUCUCCAAACCCAAUUGUUAAAUAACCAUAAUCAUCAUCAUAAUCUUCAUCACCAAGACUUAGUCCAUUCCUUCUCCCUCAAAAAAGAGCAACAAAAUUUCACUACUACUGCAACCACAGCUGCUACUCCCAGUGGUAAUAAUAACAAUCUCAUAAGGCAAGAUCACAACCUUCCACCAUGGCUAGCUUGUAGCCCAACCCAAAUAGAUCUCACAAAUUCCUCAUCUUCAAUCUUCUCACCAAGAUCAUUAGACCAAGAAAAUUUAAACCUCCUCAAUUCCCCAAACCCUAACCCUAGCAGCCUCGUCCCAAAUCUUCCACCUCAUCACUACCAACCGCAGCCCUCGGCUCACAUGUCUGCCACGGCAUUGCUUCAGAAAGCAGCUCAAAUUGGCGCAACCAUGAGCAACAACAACAACAACAACAACAGUACUAAUAAUAAGAAUAAUAAUGAUACGGUGGCUGCUGGCUCAGCUACCUCGCCGGUAAUGAUGAUGAGGACCCACCAAGAUUCUGGAGCCAAUAACUUUGGGCUCAACCUGUCAUCACGUGAUCAUCAAGAUCAGACGGUUCUAACAACAGGUCAUGGGUUUGGGAAUAAUAAUAAUGAUAAAAGUAGUGGUAGUAACAGUACUAUUACUACCACUAGUCUACUUCAGGAGUAUAUGAUGAGUUCAUUGUCUUCUACUACUACUGGAACUACUACUACUGGUGGUAUCAGUACCUCUAGCACUAGUAGUACCACACCUGGGUUUCGUGAUCAUCAUCAUCAUAAUCACGACCCUUUCAAUGGAGUCAUUCUCAAUAGUGAUCCAAAAAAAGAUGGCCAAGAUCCUUCUCAUCUCGGAAAAACCAACUCCACCGCGGCCGCGGAAAGCGGGGGUGGUGUUGGUGGUAAUGGGAAUCAUAAUGGGGAAGGUUUGACACGAGAUUUCUUGGGUUUAAGACCACUUUCUCAUACUGAGAUGUUGAACAUGGCUGCUCUUGGAAACACCAUCAACAUGUCCCAUAAUCCUCACCACCACCACCAACAACAACAACAAAAUAAUCAACCCCAGAAACCAUGGUAAUAUAUAUAUUAUAUAUAGUAAGGUUUCAGGUUUGUUCCUCAAUGUGGAACCUGAGCUCAUCUCUUUCUAUAUAUAUAUCUCUCUCUCUCUCCUUUUUGUUUAUUUUCUAAAGGAACAUAAUAACUUUGAUUUUCAUAAUUUUGGUAUAUUUAUCUAUAAUUUUUGUCGUCAA